AUGAGCCCACACAUCAUCGCAACAGUGACCAUUGACGACGAGAACCAACACCACCGAUCCAACGAGAACUACUCGCCAUCCUCCCAAGACAUGUCAAGCUCCCCAAAACCAAAAGGACGAAUUCUGUACUGUCGAAAGUGCGAAGGACAUGGUGAAAAAGUGAUUUUGAAGAAUCACUCACCCCAAUGCCCCUAUAUCCUUUGCAGUUGUAAAUCUUGUGAAAAGUUAAACUACAAACGGCUGAAGUCGUUUAACAAGCGGAACAAGGAGAAGAUUGAGCUAGCAGCCGCACUUAACGCUAAACGACAUGCCACAGAAUCCAGCUCCAGUGUUGACGAUGAAGAAGGAUACUCCAGACGAUCAUCGUUCUGCUCAAAGACUUCUACACCUGAUAUGGAUAGCAGUGAUACGCGAACAUCAUCGACGACGCCUAUCACACGUACCAGCCCCUCAGUCAUGUCCUCCACAUCCACACCAAACAAUAAUGGCCUAGAACCCCGAAGUGGCUCCCUAGGCCAGAUGACAGUGAUGUCCUAUGAUAUAUGGAAGGCAAAAUGUGCGUCGGAAAAGCGGCGACUAGAAUUGGAACGAUCCAAAAAGAAUUCAUCAGUCACGCGGAGCCCAAGUCCAACGCCAAUGAGGAAGAGAGCACACACAUUUGUAGCACAACCAACGCAAAACCGAGUCGAAGACAUCCCAGUGAUUGCUCCAAAGAAAAUGUCAGUUGACGAAAUAUCCGGAAAAGGAAAAUACAUCCUCCUCCCAACGAUCCCAGCGAUGCGAAUCUUCGUCAACGACGCCGACGAGGAGAAGCCACUUCCAGCAGCUCUCCCACCAAUGAGCCAACCACCACAACUUCCAAUGUCCUCCAUUGCUCAGCUCACCACGGCGGCUCCAAUCCUCCCAAUGACAUCUACCAUUCCAAGGUUCCAAAUCCCAGUGACCUCUCCAAUGCUGGCCAGGCCGAUUCCUGCUGCUCCAGUGCUCUCGCAAAUGUCGCCAUUCAAGCCAGUAACUCCACAAGCUCAACUUCCACAACUAUCCACUGAACAGAGCAUCAGUUCCCUCAUCCUUCACAAUACCGUACUCCAGCAACAACAGCAAAAUAACCAAAUGAUGGAUUUGAUGGGAUCCCAAACCCAACCUACUGACGUUUUGUCUAUGCUCCGUCUUCAACAACAAGCAGCCCAACUUGCCGCCGCUCUUCAGGCUGCUGGUGUCACUUUGCCACCACUGGCCACACCUACAGUAACCCCAUCGUCGAUGCAAAUGCUUCAGAAGACAAUGCCAACACUCUCAACGCCCAAUCUUCUUACCAACCCAUUCUUGCAAUCUCCACUUUUCACGAACCCGGUUUAA